AAUUUCCUCCAAACUAUGACGAAAAUUGGCACGCAGCUGCGGUCUUCACAUAGUGGAACAUCAUCUACAGGCAUAGGACCUGAUAGUAUGUAUGGACUAGGUGAAUGCUAUGGUGAUCUUUCAACAGAUGACUGUGUGUUAUGUUAUGCCGAAGCUCGUACUGUUCUUCCUACUUGCUUUCCAGAUAGAGGUCGGGUUUAUCUUGAUGGUUGUUUUAUGAGAAUACAGAAUUAUGACUUCUAUGAGGAAAGUUUGGGAGCUGAUGACGCUACAUAUUGUGGGAACAUGACGACAGGUGGCGUGUUUCAAGAUUCUGUGAGGCGUGCUGUAACGAAUGUUGUGAUGGAUGCACCAAAUAAUAGAGAUUACUUUGCACAUGAGGUGGCAUUGUCUGCAAGUGUGAACGAGUCUGCUUAUGUGUUGGCAGAUUGCUGGAACACAUUGAAUCAGAGUUCGUGUGCAGAUUGUUUGGGGAAAGCGUCUAAAUCAAUCUUAAAUUGCUUGCCAUCGUCUGAAGGUCGUGCAAUGUACACUGGAUGUUUUAUGAGGUAUUCUAAUACCAAUUUUCUUAACCCUGAAUCGGCCCGAAGCAGUAAUGGAGGGAAAGCAUCGACUAUUGUAAUAGCUGCUGGUUCUGUGGUUGCAUUCUUGGCUGCAAGUAUUUUCGCAGUUUUUGCAUGUAAGCGCAGGAGUAAAUCGAAAAAAGGAAAAGGUUCUGACGACACAAAAUUGUUAGAGACCCUGAAUAGUAGUAGUUUGAAUAUCAAAUACUCCACGGUCGAAAAAGCGACAAAUUCUUUCAAUGACGGAAACAAGCUUGGGCAAGGGGGAUUUGGAACUGUAUAUAAAGGAGUUUUUCCAAAUGGAAGAGUGAUUGCUGUCAAGAGACUUUUCGUUAAUCACCGACAUAGAGCAUGGGACUUCUACAACGAAGUCAACAUCAUUAGUAGCGUUGAACACAAAAAUCUGGUCAAACUGUUGGGGUUCAGUUGUUUGGGGCCUGAAAGUGUCCUCAUUUACGAAUAUCUACCAAACAUGAGUCUUGAUCAUUUCAUCUUUGAUGCAGUGAAAGGCAAGGAACUAAACUGGGAGAAAAGAUAUAAUAUAAUUAUGGGGGCCGCAGAAGGUUUGGCCCACCUACAUGAAAACAGUAAAACCAGGAUCAUUCACAGGGAUAUAAAAGCAAGUAACAUCUUGUUGGAUUCAAGCCUUCAUGCUAAGAUUGCUGAUUUUGGGUUAGCAAGGUCUUUUGAAGAAGAUAAAAAUCAUAUCAGCACCGGGAUUGCAGGAACCAUCGGAUAUAUGGCUCCUGAAUAUAUAGUCCAUGGUCAAUUAACGGAAAAGGUGGAUGUGUAUAGCUUUGGUGUGUUAAUUCUUGAGGUGUUCACUGGGAUGCCAAACAGAAGAAUGCACACAUCAGAGUCAACACAAAACUUGGUUUCAGUUGUGUGGGAACAUUUUAAGCAAGGCUCGGUGGAAGAGGUAUUCGAUCCAAAUUUAAUGCUACAUGAUCACACCAAUAACAACAUCAAAAAGGAAAUACGAAGUGUGGUACAUAUAGGACUUCUUUGCACUCAAGAAAUUCCAUCACUUAGACCAACUAUGUCUAUGGCCAUACAAAUGUUAUCCAAGAAUAUUAAGCCGUUACCUCUACCUACAAAUCCCCCUUUUACACCAGAAAGCAGCAUCGACGUUAAUGAGUUUAGUUUGGAUUCUGCUUCAAAACAAAGGGUAAACAAUCCUGCUUCAGUGGGAACUUUAUCCUAUAGUGCUGUUAUCCCGAGGUAGACGUUGGUUGGAAAAUCAAAGGGGUGCCCAAAGGAUAAGGCAAUUGAAUGUCAACAACAACAACAAAAAAAUACUAUUAGAGUUUGUAAG